AUGGCAGAGCCCCCGUGGCCACCAACUCCCUUCUUUUCGGUUUUCCAGACCCCACUUUUGGACACUGAAUCCACCCUGGACUAUGGACACAGCCUUACCCAGGCAUCCUCGGAGAAGAUCUGGCGAGCUGGGAAGCUCCUCUUCAUCCACCUCACCAGCACCCGUCCUGGCCUCAUCCGGGACCACAAGCAUCACCUGCGGCACCACAGGCAGUGCUGCUCCGGGAAGGAGCUGGUGGACUGGCUGGUGGGGAGGGGUGUCUGUACCUCGGGACGUGGCGGGGAGAGGGGGAACAGACAGCCGUUCACUCCCCUUACCCCUCCCAGGCCUGCCCAGCGCACAGAGGACGAGCUGGAGCUCAUAUUUGAGGAGCUCCUGCACAUCAAAGCCGUGGCUCAUCUCUCCAACUCGGUGAAGCGGGAGCUGGCGUCCGUGCUGAUGUUCGAGUCGCACCAGAGAGCGGGCACCGUGCCCGUGCCGGCAGCGCUGGCAGCCCAUGCUGCCUGUCCCCCUGCCUCCUCUGCUGCUCUCUGGCUGCCCUUGGAGGAGUCUGCUGGGACGACCGUGUCCCCCGAGGGGUACUUGGUGAUGGCUGGAACGCCGGAGAAGAUCCUCGAGCAUCUGCUGGAAUUCAUGAGGCUCGACGCCACGCUCUACGACCCUGUGGGCUGCAACCUUGCCAGCCCUUUCCGUGGUGUUCAGGAGCAAAAAGUGGCGCGCAAUGAGCACGGUCACCGUGGGGGUAGACCACAGGCCAGCGCCACGCAGGGCACGGUGCCCUACGAGAUCUACAGACCGGACCACUCGUGCCUGAUCGCGGUGCUGCCCGUCAAUGCCUCAGUGCGGGACAUCCUGCGGUCCCUCGCCCCCCGGCUCGGCCGGGAUGGGGAGCACGUCCUGGUGAAGGUGAAUUCGGCCGGAGAUAAAGUGGGGCUGCAGCUGGACGCCGUCGGGGUGUUCACGGCACUGGGGCUCAACGAGAGGCUCUUCGCCGUGAGCGUGGAGGAGCUGGGCAGCCUGCACAUCGGCUCCUCAGAGACCCUGGACCUCAUCAGCUCCAAGGACCUGGCCAGCCACCUCACCGACUACGACUGGAACCUCUUCAAGAGCAUCCACCAGGUGGAAAUGAUCCACUACAUCGUCGGGCCGCAGAAGUUUCACGACGUGACCACGGCCAACCUGGAACGGGUCAUGCGGCGCUUCAACGAGCUGCAGUACUGGGUGGCCACGGAGCUGUGCCUCUGCCCCGAGGUGGGCAGGCGAGCCCAGCUCCUCCGCAAGUUCAUCAAGCUGGCCGCACACCUCAAGGAGCAGAAGAACCUGAAUUCCUUCUUUGCAGUGAUGUUCGGUGUGAGCAACACGGCCGUCAGCCGCCUGGCCAAGACCUGGGAGAGGCUGCCCCACAAGAUCCGGAAGCUGCACUCGGCGCUGGAGCGGCACAUGAUGGCAAAGACCGUGCGUGUCCUGCAGCGCUGCCGGGGCGACGCGCAUGCUCCGCUCUCCCCGCUGCGAAAUCGCUCCCCGCACCGGCCGGAGGACCCCAAAGGCGUCAGAAUCUCCACGUGCUCGGAGCAGUCCCUGAGCGUGCGGAGUCCCGUUUCCACCUGGGCGUACCUGCAGCACCUGAAAGCCAUCGACAGCCAGAAGGAGCUGCUGCGGCUCUCCCACGACCUGGAGUCCUGACGGGGACGGAGGGACGGAGGGGGCCCGGAGCAGGGAUGCGGCAGCCUGUCUGCCGGCGGCGGGGGC